GCGUUUUUUGUCCGUUUCACCCAACACAUCAAAACCUCACACUCAUCGUCGACCCAGCUUUGCCAUCAUCGCCGCAAUGGCUGUCGCCGUCAUCCUCGCGCUCCUCGUCGCCGUCCUGACGCCGCUGGCCGUCUAUCUGGCGGGGAGAACGAGGAGCGCGUCGCCGUCGCCGCGGCGCGGCCUGCCGCCGGGCUCCCUCGGCCUGCCGCUGGUCGGGCAGAGCCUGGGCCUCCUGCGCGCCAUGCGGCGGAACACCGCCGAGCGGUGGCUGCAGGACAGGAUCGACAGGUACGGCCCCGUGUCGAAGCUGUCGCUGUUCGGCGCGCCGACGGUGUUCGUGGCAGGCCCGGCGGCGAACAAGGUGGUGUUCCUCAGCGAGGCGCUGGCGCCCAAGCAGCCCCGGAGCCUGGCGACGAUCAUCGGGAGGAGGAACGUGCUGGAGCUCGUCGGCGACGACCACCGCCGCGUGCGCGGCGCUCUGAUGCAGUUCCUCAGGCCGGACAUGCUGCGGCGGUGCGUGGGCAAGAUCGAUGGCGAGGUCAGGCGCCACCUCGCCGACAGGUGGGCUGGCGAACGCGCCGUCACGGUGCUGCCGCUGAUGAAGACGCUGACGUUCGACAUCGUCGCCACGAUCCUCUUCGGGCUCGACCGCGGCGGCAUCCGGGAGCAGCUCGCCGCCGCGUUCGCCGACAUGCUGGAGGGCAUAUGGUCGGUGCCGCUGGACCUGCCGUUCACCGCGUUCCGCAGGAGCCUCAGGGCGAGCGCCAGGGCUCGCCGGCUGCUCGCGGCGACCGUGAGGGAGAAGAAGGCCAGCCUGGAGCACGGCAGGUCGUUCCCAUCGGACGAUCUCAUCAGCUACCUCGUCAGCCUGCGCCACGGCGACGGCGACGGCGGCCGGCCGCUGCUGACCGAGGAGGAGAUCAUCGACAACUCCAUCGUCUCCCUCACCGCUGGCCACGACACCUCCGCCACCCUCAUGACCUUCAUGAUCCGCCACCUCGCCAACGACCCGACCACCCUCGCCGCCAUGGCCCAAGAGCACGACGAGAUCGGGAGGAGCAAGGACGGCGGCGAGGCCCUGACAUGGGAGGACGUCGCGAGGAUGAAGCUGACGUGGCGCGUCGCGCAGGAGACGCUUCGCAUGGUGCCUCCCGUCUUCGGCAGCUUCAGGCGAGCCCUCGACGACGUCGACCUCGACGGCUACCGCAUCCCCCGAGGGUGGCAGGUGUUCUGGGCGCCGUGCGUCACGCACAUGGACCCGGCCAUCUACCACGAGCCGAUCAAGUUCGAGCCGUCGCGGUUCGACAGUCAGGCGGCGGCGCCGCCGCCGCCGCCCUACUCGUUCGUGGCGUUCGGCGGCGGGCCGAGGAUCUGCCCGGGGAUGGAGCUCGCGAGGGUGGAGACGCUCGUGACCAUGCACUACCUGGUGAGGCACUUCAGGUGGAGGCUCUGCCGCGGGGAGAAGGACGACACCUUCGUCAGGGACCCGCUGCCGUCGCCGGCGAACGGCCUCCCCGUCGAGCUCGAUCACGUCGCUCCUCUCCUUCCCGUCAGGGGUGAUAGCUAAGGAUAAAAUAGAAAUAAUUUUAAACGAAAAGUGAUCGGUGCGAUGUGACAAGUACGAUAAAUAGUAUUUAAAUAUUUAUAUUUUAAAAUAAGAUUCAAAUUCUAAAAGAAUACUUAUUUUUAGAAUUUUAUAUUUUUAGAACGAAGAGUCAUAAAGUUACCAUUAUACUCCCUCCAAUCUCGAUUAAACGAGGUUGGUUAGUUCUGGGCUUCUGGCCACAUAACAAAUACUAAAGGUUGUACAUCAUAAUUUUUAUAGCAGUUUUUAAGAUGAGCUAUUCAUAUACAUAAGAUAUGGCUGUAAGAAAAAAAAUAACAAAAAUUAUCUCUACGUUUUCCUCUUCCGUUCACUGCUGUUGCUUCUAUGUACAUUUUUUUUUCCAGCU